AUGGAUUCAUUAACGUCAAGCUACCUGGAUCUAGAUAAAGCCAUUUUAGAAUAUACUAUUAAUUUCUACGAUUUUGAUGAGUUCAUCGAUCAAGCAGAAACUAAAUGUGAGCGUGAUGUGAAACUUCGGAAGGAUUGGAAUCUCAAGAAAAUCGAUGAAAGUUUAAGAAGUAAACGUAAUAUUACAGUAAUCGACGCUCUUACCACAACCUCAGUUAAAUCUAAGGCAUGGCCUAACAAAUGGAAAGCUUACCUAUUGACGUGGAGAAGAAUGGAAGGAAGCUUGAACGACUCUAACAUUUGGUCAUGGAAUUUAAACUCUAUCAGCCUGGCUGGUUGUAGCGGCGAUGAGUACACAGUUAAGAAAAGCACAAUUUUUCUGAAGGACAGAUACACUCAUCUCACAGCAGCACAAAAAAAUGUAGAUCCAACACUGAUAGACUCUCAAAAAGAAUGA